AUGACGCAUUAAGAAAAUGGUCCAAUUAAAUUUUACAAUCUUUCCUCAGGAAUUUAUUAUUUUAAAAUACAAGAAGUUUAUAAUAUGACUGAAGACAUCUACCCAUUAUUCGGAUGGGAUGACCCUGUUCCGAAUGAAUUCAAAGAAAUCUUCUCUAAAUAUACCAAGUAAGUGUUUAAAUGAUUGUUAUAGUGAGUAAGACUCCCGAAAGUGUAGUAGCACAUUAGAAGAAUCCUUAAGUAGUUGAGUUGUGUGUAUGUUUUUAGUAGUGGACGAGGAUUACGAGAUAAUAGGAAAGAGCCAAAAUGAAAAUUCAAUCUGCCCACUUUGUUAUCAAAAUGUUCAAUAAGGUCAUACUCAAUUGUACUCCAAUCUACUUUCCCAGUACUUUGAUGUCCAUACUUAAUGUGCCCUCACUUGUAAACAUAAAACAGCUUAACUUGCUCUUUUAACAGAUUAAAUCUAGCAUGCGAAAAUAAUGGAACGAGUGCCAGUAGACUAUGACCUAUUGGAUCUAAAUGUCAAAGUUUUUGUUGAAUUCAGAGUAUAUCACACUAUUGCACAAUAACCCUACCUCAAUCUAACUCAUUCCACAACUCUCAAAUAGAAGAAAAAUACUUCCAUUUUGAUAGAUUAUGCUAAUAUCAGAGAGUACUUUGGAAUAAGAUAAAAACACCAUGUACCAUUAAUGCAAGGUCGUAUUCAGAUUGAUGUUCACAUAAUGGAUAAUAAUCUAAUGCAAGAAUAAAAAAAUGUUCAUAAUUAUGAAUUCUACUAUAAUGCAAGCAAAGUUUCAAGUGAUUAUAUUUGUAUUGGAUAUGAUGACAUAUGCAUAUCAAUGUAAAGAGAAAAUGAAAAUAAUCAACCAUUGUUGUGUUUAAAACAACUACAAAUCUAAAGAUGUUAAGGUUACGCAUAUAAAGGUGCUUGUAUAAAACAAUAGAUGGUUUUGAUUGUUAUUGGUAUUCUAAAGCUUUUUUUUAUAUAUAUGUGA